GAUUUAGGGCCAAAGUGAGGCCGCCGAACGAUGCAGUCUUCGCAGAAACUCGCACUGGCACUGACCUUAGUGCUGAUUUGGUGCCUGGCCCACAGUCUUGUGGAAUCCAGAAGAUGGCGAAAGUCCGUGCAACUGAAUCUGCACAGGGAAACGAACCACACCAAAAUACUGAGCAGCUUCCACAACCAGAAGCUGAGACUCAAGGAAAAACUGAGCCCGACCUCCACCGAUGUGGCGAUAUCCUCGAUAUCUGUAUCUCAGACAUCCGUGGCAAAAGACAACCUGUUCAAUUCCCACAACACCGAGUACUACGUUACCGCCGGCUUCGGGACGCCCAAGUCGCAGCCAGUCACCCUUCUGGUGGACACCGCCUCAGCGAAUCUGCUGGUCUACUCCUCGGACUUAGUGAAACAGUUCUGUUUGCACCACAAUGGCUACAGUUCCAGUGAGUCGCAAACGUAUCAGGCCAAUGGAUCCCCCUUUCAGAUACAGUUCGCAUCGCAGGAUGUCCUUACGGGAAUCCUCUCCACUGACACUUUUACCUUAGGAGAUCUGGUCAUUAAGAAUCAGACCUUUGCCGAAAUAAACUCGGUGCCUAGGGUCUUAUGCAAACGAUCGAAUUUUGAUGGCGUCAUUGGUCUCGGAUCCUCCGAAAUCGCCGUGAAUGGAGUAAAGACCCCUCUGGACAAUAUUUUGGAACAGGGACUCAUCGACGAACCCAUCUUCUCCCUCUACGUCAACCGAAACGCCUCGGAUGCCAGUAAUGGUGGCGUAUUGCUGCUCGGAGGAUCGGAUCCCACUCUUUACAGAGGCUGCCUGACAUACGUGCCCGUUUCCAAAGUGGGUUUUUGGCAGAUCACCGUGGGCCAAGUUGAGAUUGGGUCCAAGAAGCUCUGCUCCAACUGCCAGGCCAUCUUCGAUGUGGGAACCUCCUUGAUAAUUGUGCCGUGCCCUGCUCUGAAAAUCAUAAACAAAAAACUGGGCAUUAAGGAAACCGAUAGAAAGGACGGUGCCUAUAUCAUCGACUGCAACAAGGUGCCUCGUUUGCCCAAGAUCGUCUUUAAUAUUGGAUGGAAGGACUUUACUCUCAACCCGUCCGACUAUAUUCUCAACUACAGUGGAACCUGCGUAUCCGGGUUUUCUAGUCUCUCCGACUGCAAUGGAGCCCAAACCAAUGAUGAUGGAGAAGACUUGAACAACAUCUGGGUGUUCGGUGAUGUGUUCUUCGGAGCCGUCUUCACAUUGUUCGAUUUUGGUCUCAAAUUAGUUGGCAUAGCCCCCAAAGUUUAAGCAAAUAUGAAUCCGCAAUGUAUAAUUCGACCAAAUAGGUAAUACUAUCAUUAAGAUUUUGUUCUUAAUUUCUAGUAGAUAAUAUUCAUGAUUGUUGAUUCCUGGAUAGGCAUUUAUAUCGACUGUCAAAAUAAAUAUAAUGGUUAUGGGAACCGGAAA